AUGGGAAAGUCCUCAAAAGACAAGCGCGACGCCUACUAUCGCCUCGCCAAAGAGCAGAAUUGGCGCGCACGAUCCGCCUUCAAAUUGAUUCAAAUCGACGAACAAUUCGAUCUAUUCGAGCACGAGAAUCCGGAGAAAGUGACGAGGGUCGUCGACUUGUGCGCAGCACCUGGUAGCUGGAGUCAAGUGCUCAGUCGAGUGCUGAUCAAGGGCGAAAGCUUUGGCCGGAGAUCCUGGGUCGAGAAGAAGCGCAAGGAACAAGCGGCACUGGCAAAGCGAAAUGGAGAUACACAAGCGGAUGACAAGAAGGGUCAGGAAGCGGGGGAAGAAAAUACUACAGACGACACCGACCCGAAUGUAUUGAAGCCGCGGAAGAAUGUCAAAAUCGUCUCCAUCGAUCUGCAACCCAUGGCUCCUCUUCAGGGAAUCACAACCCUCCAGGCCGACAUCACGCACCCCUCCACGAUCCCCCUCCUUCUGCGCGCAUUAGACCCCGAGGCCUACGAAUCCGAAUCCUCUACACCUCACGCCAUCCGCCAACCACAUCCAGUCGACCUCGUCAUCUCCGACGGCGCGCCAGACGUAACGGGCCUCCACGAUCUAGACAUCUACAUCCAAUCCCAACUCCUCUACUCAGCCCUAAACCUCGCCCUGGGUGUUCUCCGACCAGGAGGCAAGUUCGUCGCCAAGAUCUUCCGCGAGCGCGAUGUCGACCUCCUCUACUCUCAGCUCCGAUCCGUCUUCGAGCGAGUCAGCGUCGCAAAACCACGGAGUAGUCGCGCAAGCAGUCUUGAAGCCUUCAUCGUCUGCGAGGGCUUCAUCCCACCAGCCGUCCACGAUGGCUCGCUAGGUAUGGACUCUUUAAAGAACCCUCUAUUCGGCGGCGCGGCCGUCCCGCAACCUACAUCGGAAAAUGGAAAUCUCGCCGCGGAAGUCCCAGACGAUGAGUCCAAUGCGCCCAAGCGCGUAAAGACCGUUGCCUCUGCAGCCGGAGGAAAGGACAUCCAGACUCGCCUUUUGCACGACGACUCCGGUGACUCGACCACACCCGAGCCUCUGUUCAGUGCACCGCAGAAGUUCGCUGUUGAGAACAGGUGGAUCCCUUCGUUCAUUGCCUGUGGUGAUUUGUCCGCUUGGGAUUCGGACGCUUCUUAUUCUCUUCCGCCUGAUCAUGUUAGUCUAGACCCGGUACAGCCGCCCAUGGCACCGCCGUAUCGGCGUGCGCUGGAACUACGGAAGGAGAAGGGUGGUGCGUAUGGUAAGACGAGGCUGGGGGCCAUGGGGCGCGCCUAG